GAAGAAGAAGAGGAAGAGGAAGAAGACGAAAGACACUCGCCUGACCUUGGCACAGCUGAUCCCCAAGAGCAAAGAUGGCCGCCUCUCUCUCCUCCAUCGCCCGCCGCUCCAUUUCCACCGCCCUCCGCAACUAUGCCUCCGCUGGGGGCUCCGCGCACGCCCACGAAGGGGGUGCGAAGCAGUGGAAGAUGGUGUCCCUGCUAGUGGCCCUCCCCGCCAUUGGCCUGUGCAUGGUCAACGCCUUCACCGGGGAGCACGAGCACCCACCAGAGUUCAUCCCCUAUGAACACCUGAGGCUCAGGACCAAGAGGUUCCCCUGGGGUGACGGCAACAAGUCACUCUUCCACAACCCCCACGUGAACGCCCUCCCCGACGGAUAUGAGGAGGAUCACUAGGCACCAACACACCGCCGGGAGGACAACACCAGCACCACGGCAGCACGUGACGACCAGCAGGAGGAACACAACAACAAAAGGAGCAGAAGCACCGAGGAAGAGGACUGCUUCAUCCACCACUACCACUCCUGCUACUAUGAGGAAAUGAGUGUUGCUGCUGGUGUUGUUGUUGUUCAUGAGUCGUGUUGUUGUCAGUAUAAUGACAACACCGUAACGUGACCUGUACAUAUUUAUUUGUCGUGCGUGUGGAGGCCCGCCACCCCGACAGACAGUAAAUUCCAACAGGAUUUGUUAUUCCUAUUCCCACUUUAUUUAGGUAACGAGAGAUGAAAGUAAUAAAAAGCCUGAAAGUGUAAAUAUA